AUGGGCGUGGAUUUUCCGGUAUUUGAUGUGUGUGGAUUUUCAGGUUCCUCAGUGAGUGGGUAACGCGUGUGUGUGCGCGCGCGCGUGUGAAAGUGACAGUGGGACAGAGUUUGUGCUCGUGUUCGUCCUCAGCUCUGCUACUGUUACGGCUUUGCACCACUGCAGGGAGGGAGAGAGGGAGAGAGAGGGAGGGAGAGAGGGAGAGAGGGAGGGAGGGAGACCCUCCGUGUGUUCAUAUGCGAGUUCACCGUCGCUGCUCCACAAGCACCGGCCAGCGAUGACGGAGAGCCCCGCGACCAAGCCAGUGGAUGGGGAGGCGUGUGAGCGGGUGAAGAACGGACUGAAACCGGAGAGAAACGGCUUGGUGAGGAGCCUCCACCGCUGCCACGAGCGCCAGUACAAGCACCACAGCCUCGCCGACGAGGAGGAGGUCCACACAGCCUCCCACUAUGGCAGCCUGUACACUCAGCCCUUCCUCGAGUCCUUCGAGGAGACGCCGAUGCUGGUGGCGGUUCUCACCUACAUGGGCUACGGCAUCCUGACCAUCUUCGGGUACCUCCGCGACUUCCUCCGUCACUGGAAAAUAGAGCGGUGCUACAUCGCCCGGGAAAAGGAGGAGCAGAGGGACUUUGUGCCUCUGUACCAGGACUUUGAGAACUUUUACACCAGGAACCUCUACAUGCGGAUCAGAGACAACUGGAACAGGCCCAUCUGCAGCGUCCCCGGGGCUAAGAUGGACCUGAUGGAAAGAAUGUCAAACGACUACAACUGGACUUUUGAGUACACAGGUCGGGUCGUGCAGGAAGUGAUCAACAUGGGCUCGUAUAAUUACCUGGGCUUUGCCGAGAACACCGGCCCGUGUGCCGACUCUGUGGCCAAGGUCACCGCGGAGUACGGAGUGGGAGUGGCCAGCACCCGACAGGAGACGGGAAACCUGGACAAACACGAGGAGAUGGAGAAACUGGUGGCUCAGUUCCUCGGCAUGGAAUCAGCGAUGGCGUUUGGGAUGGGGUUCGCGACCAACUCCAUGAAUAUACCAGCGCUGGUUGGCAAGGGCUGUCUGAUCCUGAGUGAUGAACUGAACCAUGCGUCCCUGGUCCUGGGAGCCAGACUCUCUGGGUCCACCAUCAGAGUUUUCAAACACAACAAUAUGCAGAGUCUGGAGAAGCUGCUGAGAGAAGCCAUCGUUCAUGGGCAGCCAAGGACUCAUAGACCCUGGAAGAAGAUCCUCAUCGUGGUGGAGGGCAUCUACAGCAUGGAGGGCAGCAUCGUCCGCCUGCCAGAGGUCAUCGCCCUGAAGAAGCGCUACAGGGCUUACCUUUACCUGGACGAGGCUCACAGUAUUGGGGCCCUGGGGCCCAGAGGAAGGGGUGUGGUGGAUUACUUUGGCCUGGAUCCAUGUGAUGUGGAUGUGCUGAUGGGCACAUUCACAAAGAGCUUUGGCGCUGCAGGGGGAUACAUCGCAGGGAAGCGGGAGCUCAUUGAGUUCCUGCGCUCCCAUUCUCACAGCGCCGUCUACGCCACCUCCAUGUCUCCUCCUGUGGUGGAGCAAAUCAUCACUUCUAUGAAGUGCAUUAUGGGAGAGGAUGGCACAACCAUUGGCCGUGAGCGUGUGACACAGCUGGCAGAGAACACAGUGUAUUUCCGCAGGAGGCUGAGAGAACUGGGCUUCAUCAUCUACGGCAACAACGACUCCCCGGUCGUUCCACUGAUGCUCUACAUGCCGGCAAAGAUCGGAGCGUUUGGCAGAGAGAUGCUGAAGAGGAACAUCGGCGUGGUGGUCGUGGGUUUCCCCGCGACGCCCAUCAUCGAGUCGAGGGCGCGCUUCUGCAUCUCAGCCGCACACACGACAGACAUGCUGGACCGGGCUCUGAGUGUCAUCAGCGAGGUCGGAGACCUUCUUCAGCUCAAGUACUCGCGACACAGAAAACGGCCCCUGGCAGCGCGGCCCUUCGACGACAGCGUGUACGAGGACAUUGACGACUGACGACGUCAAUCAUCUGCGGGACAUCUCGACUAAAACCCCGGGAAACACAGAGCGCGGUCGAGAUGGAGAAACGGAAACAAACGCGCGUCUUCCACAAAAGACCGACAUGUGCACAGGUGCCGCUUGUCACUCGCUUCGUCACCACAGAGAGAGAGAGAGACACUCUGAACACGCUCUUCUGCCUUAUACACAAACACUCAACUCCCCCUUUAUUUUCUCUCUUAUCAUUUUGUGCGCG